AUGUUCAGCCUGGACGCGCCGCUCGCGCCGGCCAUUGACGCGUUCGUGGACCCUGAGAACGACGAGGCGAUGCAGAAGACGGGACUGAACACGGUCGUGAUGCAGGUGCACCGUCAAGUCGCCAUCGAAACGCUCAUUCAAGCGCUCGGCGUCUACUUGACCAAUGACGACGACAAGAAGCGCUUUCGAGCCACGUUGUUACUGGCGGAAGUGCUCACGCGUCUCCCUGAGCUACAGCCAUCACCCAGCGCCGUGGAACUUCUCAUCACGUUCUUUUUAGAUCGUUUGGCCGACUUUUCGAGUGCUCCAGCCUGUCUUCGGGCGCUGCUGGCGCUUCAGACUCACCACAAAGCUCAAGUCUCGUCGCCACGCACUACUGUGGACCUGGUCUUAAAGCUCGGCAGCACGCUGCACAUCCCUCAAUUGGGACAAGCUAUGCGAAAAUUGUGCUUUGAGUUGAUCCAGCUCGCGCUGGCUCAAGAGACGGUCGUGCAGCUGCUGCUGGACUCAGUGUCAAGUACUAACAAUGGAGAUGAGGGUGAUGCUGGUAGUGCUAAAGAUGCGGCUACUGGAGAUGGUGCAGAUGAGUGUGAACAUGAUCUCGGGCGACAGUUUGCGCAGACUUUUCUGAGUGCAAUGGAAGGAGAAAAAGAUCCGCGGAACUUGCUGCUGUGCAUGCAGGUGGCCCGUACGCUUUUGUCCAGGUUGGAGCUGGUGUUCUCAUGCAGCGCUUCUUUACUGCAGCAGUAUUUCGACAUUGUGUCGUGCUACUUCCCCAUCAUUUUCACACCGCCACCAAAUGAUCCAUACGGCAUUUCGUCGGAAACGCUUAUUUUAUCGUUGCGACACGCGUUUGCGGCAUCGAACUUGCUCGUUCCGCUCGUGCUGCCGUUUUUGCUGAAGAAGCUUGCAUCGACAGUGGUAGAGGCAAAGCUGGAUGCUUUGCAAACGCUGGUCUAUUGUGGAGAGAAAUAUUCUGUGAAUGCAAUGCUGCUGCAAAUGCAUGAAGUGGCCUCUGCGCUGUAUAAUGAAGUGCUGGACGGGGAAAAACAGGAGGUUAUUGUCGAAGCUCGUCGUGCGAUUUCGCGGUUUUCUGGAGUCGUUGCACGUGCUAAGUCGCACGACACGCCGGGCGCGGCUUAUGCAUGGAAUAAGUUCGUGGUGGACAUGACAGCGCGGGCUGCGGAUCAACUUCGUGAGAAUGCUGCCGACUCGAUGGUGAGCGUAUCGGCUGGUCAGGUAUUGGCGGCGCUGGGACAUGAUUCAGCGAUAAGUUUUGCGCAUGUUCUUGGCGUUGCUGUACCGCUGCUGGUAGAGCAGCUUCAUAACGAGAGCUCGGGAAGUGGGAGCAUUCCGUCAAAAUUUGAAGCUGUGCUGGCGCGUAUUCUGCUUCUGGUGAACAUGAUUGAUCGAGAGAUUGAUCAAAGUGGCCAAGCGCAACCCAUGCGUCCACAUGCACCUGCUCUGAUCGACGCGCUGGUUUCUUUCCUCAGCAUCGAACAGAAUUCUCUGCUUGACACCUGUAGCAGCCCGAACGCACGCUACAUAGCAGUGGAAGGGCUGUGUCAUCUCCUUACUUUCCCGCCGUCACCUAUCGUGGCGCCCACGCAGGUCAAGGCACUCAUCAAUUUGUUCACUCGUAUGUUGCUUCUUGAUCCUGCAAUGGAAGUGCGAGAUGCUUGUUUGCAAAGCUUAAAGGAGAUCUCUACCGUGUCAGUGUCGUCGGUGCACACGGUCGGUAGUGCUGAGAGUCCCGUCUCUUGUGGCUACGCCCUAUUUGUGGUAGAUAUCUCGCUGGCAAGGCUCAUGGCUGCGAUUAGCCAUGGUGAUGACCACGAAGAUGACCAUGAAGAAGAAGGCGCCGGAGUAUCUGCGGUUCUGACUGCUUCGAACCGCACAUUUGAUUCGUUCUUCGAAGAGGUGUUGCUAGCCAUCACCGAGCUUUGCCACGAAUCAUGUAUUUUUCAGGCGACCAUCUUUCUCCUCAUUGAUCUGUGUGUGGAGAAGAUUGACGACAAAGAGGGUGGCAUUAGAUUCCGCGAAGUGGACGGCGACAUUGCCCGCCAGCGUCGCGUGGACUGUCUCCUCGAUGCGGUGGCCAAGAUCGUAGAGAUCAACGCUGCCGACCAGACCAGCAUGGAAUUCUGUGCUCAAGCAUCGUUGACGAACUCCGUCAUUUUCAGGCUGCUCACGGCAGUGGAGACAUCUGCAGCUUAUGCGACCAGUUUUGCGGAAUGUGGUCUUGUGGAUGAUGCAAAGCUUGGUGCAUGUAUUCGAAUAUUCCGUGCCGUGAUGCAGAAUGUAUCGGUGACCACCCAACAAUGCCUGGUCGACGCUGUGGUGCCCGCAUUCUUGCGCACGCAUUCCUCCAAGCCUGCUAGUGUGCAGCUUGUUCCGCUUUUUUCUGCAGUUAUUAACUCCACGGCUCGUGAGGUGGCACUGCCUGAUACAUCGUUGGUUAUCAACAGACUACUCGAGCUAGCACGGUCUGGUGGUGCUGCUGCGACACCAGAGACUGUGCCCUACCGGCUCCAGAGUGUGUACACUAAAGCUGCACAGUCAGCGGCCAAAUCUUUGGCCUCAAUUGUGAACAAGAUGCCGGACGGUACUGAGCUUGAUGCUCUGAUUGACUCGCUGCUUUCCCAGAAGCUUGCAGUCGUGAUUAGUGAUUCCACUGAGACUUUCGGUGUGCGGGCGGCAGCGCUGAAAAUCUACGUCUGGGUCGCGAAGGCAUUAGUUAUUCGAGGCCACAAGGUGCAUGCGCCAGUGUGCUUGCGCUUCCUUUGCAAUUUCCUUACACUGGGGAACCAACACGAUCAUGGUGACGUGAAUAUGGACCAAGAAGGGAACGGACUGGAGUUUUCUGCCAUGCGAAUGGAAGUUGCCAAGUCCUUCAAACUGCUAGUGUCGGAGCACCCGGAUGUGCUGAAUCGCAAGUGUGGGGCUCACAUUACGUUCCUUUACAAGCAACGUAUGUUUGAUCUGGUGCUCCCGCUGCUGUUCCCGUUCAUUCGUGCCCACGCGGACAAGGAGAUCGGCGUGCCAGCUCUUGUAGCAUUCGCGCAAGUGAUCGCGCAUUCGCCCAAGGCAGUUUACUCGUCUCAUUUGGCCCAAAUCUUCCCGCUCAUUGUGCAAGCUCUCAACACAGACGACCGUGAGCUAGGUAGCGCCGCUAUCCAGACAUUCAAGCCGCUGCUUCUGGAUUCUGUCGAGAGCUCUAAGCCGUUUCUUAAAGACGUGUUUCCAGGACUGCUGAAGCAAGCGCAGUUGGGAUCUGGUGCUAAAGAUCGGUAUGCUGCGCUAGAGUGUCUUGUGAAGUUGGCUACGAUCCCUUACGAGCUCGUGCACCCGUACAAGGACACUGUGCUGCGAAAACUCGUCCCAGUACUGGAUGAUCGGAAGCGUCUCGUGCGUCACAUGGCCGUUCGCGUGCGCAACAAAUGGAGCAUCUUGUAG